GCCCGUAUGUGCUUGUCUCCGGAACACGGGCGCUGGUGAGGGAGAGUGUGAGCGAGUGAGUCCACGAGAGGAUGUCGGAUAGGAUGGAGCGUACUGGAGGAACUUUGUCUGUCAAAUCCGCCAAGACAUAAAACAGCCGUAUAUCUCACGCGUCCGGCAUUCACUGACGAAGAAAGGACCUUUGUAGCACUUUCACAGCGGCUUGCUUUGGCUCGUGUGGUUCAUCUGCGGCGCCCGGAGCCGAAUGUUGGUGCACAGAGGCGCAGGUUGUGCAUCGUAGAGAGACGGGAGACGGGCUCGGCAGGUACACGCUCACCGUACACCGUCGGGGAUGUUAUCGGUACUUUCCUAUGGCAGGAUCGUUGCCAGGGCUGUCCUGGGCGGACUCUCGCAAACGGACGGCAGAGAUUAUAGCCUGAUCACGGCCAGCUGCGGCUUCGGGAAGGACUUUCGGAAGGGGAUCCUGAAGAAAGGCAUGUGCUACGGCGACGAUGCCUGCUUUAUCGCCCGGCACAAGUCCGCGGAUGUUUUAGGUGUUGCGGAUGGUGUCGGGGGCUGGAGGGAUUACGGCGUGGACCCGUCGCAGUUCUCCGCCACCCUGAUGAGGACGUGCGAACGACUCGUGAAGGAGGGCCGCUUCACUCCCAGCAGCCCCGUGGGCAUCUUGACCUCUGGCUACUAUGAGCUUCUGCAGAACAAAGUACCGCUGCUGGGGAGCAGCACAGCUUGUAUAGUCGUUCUGGAUCGUCGGAGUCACAGGCUACACACCUGUAAUCUGGGAGACUCAGGCUUUUUAGUGGUUCGGGGUGGAGAGGUUGUCCAUCGGUCAGACGAGCAGCAACACUACUUCAACACACCCUUCCAGCUGUCCAUAGCCCCGCCGGGGGCAGAGGGCGUGGUGUUGAGUGACAGUCCUGAGGCGGCAGAUAGCUCCUCCUUUGAUGUCCAAUUAGGGGACAUUAUUUUAACCGCUACUGACGGCCUCUUUGACAACAUGCCUGACUACAUGAUCCUGCAAGAACUUAAGAAACUCAAGAACACCAACUAUGAUAGUAUCCAGCAGACUGCCCGCAGCAUCGCUGAACAGGCCCACGAGUUAGCCUACGACCCAAACUACAUGUCUCCUUUCGCCCAGUUUGCCUGUGACAAUGGGUUGAAUGUAAGAGGGGGGAAGCCUGACGACAUCACAGUGCUUCUGUCCAUCGUGGCAGAAUACACAGACUGAGCGCGCUCAGUAGAGCUUGCUCCUCUCUUACACCUGUGUCUUCCACCCCUCUCCUAUUGCACUGCUCCCCGUCUCACAUCUCCCAGCACCCCUUUCCAUUCUUCCAUUUCUCGAGUAGAUCUCCAGUCAACGCAGGGAGGAGGAUUGCGUGAACUCGCCGGCGUGGGUGGUGAUGCAAACGGUACAACAGUCCAAUAUUGAUGACCUCACUUGUGUCCAAAAGGACUUUUGGAAUCUUCAACCAGUGUCAUUUCUUGUUUUCCAAAGGGCAAGGAAAGUCCACAAAAAGUGGUUACUUGUUGAAGCUGUCAUAUUCACUCGUGUGGCUUGUGCAGAUGAAAGUUGGUUAUCGAUGUAUUGAGAAAAAAGUCUCUAUGAGCUGGAGUGCCUCUAUGUUUGUGUGUGUACGUGUUCUAACGUGUCCCGUUUGGUUAAGCUGUAACGGAAAGGUAGGUUAAAGUUUAGAAGGCUUGGCUAGAUUUAAAGUGAUUUAGGUUGUGCUGGCUAGUUCUGCUUCUAGUUAGACAACCUACACCAUCACUUUGUGCGGUCUUGGAUGACGGAUUGCAAAUUCAAAGGCAAGAAGGAGAUGGGUUGAACGUACAGCUUAUGUUUGGUUCUAACCUUAGUCAAGGUAGCGCUAAUUGACAAAACGACUUUCCAUACACAAAAACUCCAUAAAACGCUUGAAAGUUGUGAUUUGGUGAAAGUUACGUAAUCAGGGACCUUUAUACAGUUUGUAAAGACUGUAAAUCUAUCCCUCACAUCCUUAUUUUCAAUAUGGCGUCGAACCUGACUAAGGUCUGUCCGAGAAAAUUCGUUAAUAGAUACACUCGCUCACGGGGAUGGUGGAUGUUGACUGUGAAUGCGUGUUGGAUGUAUAUUUACAUGACUUCACCUCUCGACCCUUGAGUUUGAAAGUCUACACGCACAAAUGGCUAGCAUCUGGCAAUGCUUUUCAUGAAUUGAAAGGUCAGGUAUAUAAAUAAAUGUUUUAUUUUUAUAUAUAUUUAGCUUUUAGUGGAUAAGAUUCAACAGAAUGCAGAAGUUAGGGAACGCCGGCCUUUACGGAUCGACCGUGAGGCCUUUCGGCGUUUUCCGUGCUCCCUAGCGAGGCUUGGGUUAUUUUUUUAAAUCGAUUGAAGGGUAUCUAACGCUUUUUGGUUUUUUCUUUUUCCGGUGUCGCUCUAGAACGGUUCUAGAGAAUUUUUCACAUUCAUGUGCUGCUUUAAUUUUGUAAAUUAUAAAUGUGUGAGUGACUACAUUAUUUAUAUGAAUGUUUUUACCUGUACAAUAAAAAAUGGGUGAGCUGUUGGCGGUUUUGUUUCACGAAAGCGACAAUUCAAGCAGACCGUUGAGUGUGAUUGGCUUGCAGGCUUUGGAUAAAAUGGAGCAAUGAUUCUAUGACAAGCAUUAAUAGUUAGAUUUUUGUCCAGAUUGGAAAAAGCAAUAUUUAAAAUGUCUUUUUAGUUGUUUCUCCAACAUCUGUGAAAUAUUGUGCAUGCCCAGGAUGGCAAACCUCAGUCAAGUAUGCGCCAAAUGGUAAAAAUUUGAUAUAUGUAUAGCUAAAGACUAUAUAACUAAACAUGGAGUGUUUUGUGAGGUUUCCCAUCCUGUUGUGCCCCACAUAGGCAUUGCUUUUCACCUACAGAUGAGAGGACUAUAAUCAAGUCCUCAGUUGUGCCUGUAACACAAUUUGACCAGAACUGUGGUCUCUUAUCACGUGUGUAAUGUCUUGUGGGUUGUGGUCAUAUUGAAGUCAACAUCUCGAUCCACACUGUAUAAUUGGUAAAGAAAACCAAAGCAGGAAAGCCAUAAGACCAGCAUGACCAAGGUAUUCUCACCCAGUGUCUCGCUGUUACCUACAAAGACCGCAGUCGAAUCAUUAAAUGUUGAGAGUAUCUGCCCGAAUCACCACUGUAUCCCGUGUCUGCUUUUCUUUCUAGACAAAUGAAACUGACAUGAAAUAAACAGCCAGUCAUGUGUAAUGGUUAUUAAGAUCAACUCUGUACUUGACAAUUACAAAAUGUAUGAUAUAGGUCGAAAAUGGUGUAGCUGUCUUUUUAUUUUAGUCAAAGGUGAUGUGUGUGAUAUCAGUGCCUCUAGAGGCAGCAAACAGAUUUGCAUUUUUUUUUUUUUUUGUACAACUCAACCGUGUAAGUUUAAGGCACAUUUUAAGUUUAAUUUUUUGAUGGUGUAAUGAAUUGUGUCUGCAAUUCUUAUUGCCUGUUCAGAUGCAAAAAAAACGCAUAAAAUACAAUAAAAUAAAAAAUUAGAAAUAACCAAAAAUGUUAAGAACACCCCAAAAAAUGUAAUUACAUUAACCUGAUCUAAACAACAUCUAUGGCAGUUUGAAAUCUGAUUAGUCUUUUUUUUUUUUUUUUUGUUUUUUUUUUCAAAAAAAGUUUCAGUGUGAACACAACACAUGUACAAAUGUAAUGUCAUAAAAAUGGCGUAUUGUUUAAUCUGUGUCCGUUUUAGAACCUAAAAAAAACCCCCCAAAAUAAUUAAAUUAAAAUUAAGUAAUUAAAUUAUAAAUAAAAUAAUAAAAAAAUGAACCUGAUCUAAACAUCUAUGGUGGUUAUAAAUCUGUUUAAACUAAUUUUUGGAUGUGUUGAAACGCAUCUCAGUGUGAACACGACACGUGUACAAAUGUAACAUCACAAACACGAUGUAUUGUUCAACCUCUGUCUGAAUCUACUAAUUUUUGUAAUGACAAGUUUUUGGUUUUGUUCAGAUAGGCAAAAAGAAUUGGGAUUUUUUAUUUUGGACCCGAAGAAAUUAUUAAAUUAAGUCAAAUUGAAUAAAAUCGAAAUAACAAGAAAAUGGUAUUAGGAACACCAAAUUUUGUUUAAAUUAAAUUACAAAUAACAUAAUUAAUAAUAAACCAUGUUGAAUGCCAAACAUCUGUGGUAUAGUUUGAAAUCCGGUUGCAGUCGUUUUUGUAUUUGUUGGAACACAUCUCAGUGUUAAUGCAACACAUGUAUAAAUGUAAAAUCAUAAAAAUUGUGUAUUGUUCAGUCUGUGCCCGAAUCUAUAAAUUUUUGUAAGGACAGUGUUUGGCUUUUAGACGGGCAAUAAGAAUUUAGAUUAUUUAUUUUGGACCUGAAUUUUUUUUUUUAUUAAAUUAAGUAAUAUUAUAUUAAACAAAAUAGAAAUAAAAAAAAUGGUAUUAGGAAAAAAUUAAAUUAUAAAUAAAAUCAUUAAAAAUGAACCUUAUCAAAACAUCUAUGGUGGUUUGAAAUCUGGUUACAGUCAUUUUUGGAUUUGCUGGAACGCAUCUCAGUGCGAACGCAACACAUUUACAAAUGUAACGUCAUAAAAAAAUAUAAAAUUAUUCAAUCUGUGUCCGAAUCUACUGAUUUCAUUUUUUAAGACCGUGUUUGGCUUUGUUCAGACAGGCAAUAAGAAUUGGGAUUAUUUAUUUUGGACCAGAAAAAAAUUAAAUUAAAUUAAAUAAUUAAAAUAAAUUAAAUUUAAAAUGGUAUUAGGGACAACCAAAAAAUGUAAUUAAAUGACAAAAUAUAUAAUAAAAUAAUUAAAAAUUAACCUAACCUAAACAACAUUUAUGGUGGUUUGAGAUCUGAUUACAGUAAUUUUUAGAUUUGUUGAAACACAUCUCAGUGAAUGCGACACAUACAAAUGUGACGUCAUAAAAAUUGCAUAUUGUUCAAUCUUUGUCCGAAUCUACUAAUUUUGGCCACACACAAGGCAAAUUUUCUCUUUAAACCUUCUCUUUACAUUGACAAAUGUCAAUUUUGUAUUCACUGUAUACACUGGAUAUUGACCGGUUAAAUACACUAAACUGAUUUCUUCGCUUCCAAAACGCUGGUGCAAAAUUAAGUCUGUAUUUUUGCAAUUCUGUUUGACGUCUCUGGUGGUGCAUAAAUGACAUAUUUCACCGUUAGUGAGUGUCAUUGCAUGAGACAAUGUUGUGACUGAACCUUUUAGUGUCUGGAGUUUUGCCACUUUGUUUGCACACAAAACACAUUUUUCCGAAUUCUCUUAUUAUGGCUUGUCCAAAACUGUCAGAUGUGCUUUUAUCAAUUCUAGUGCUAUUUUCCCUGCAUCCUCAUUUCAAAACAGGAAAGUUGCCUCCCUGAGUUGGGCUGAUAGUGACUGAACGCCGCUCAGAUUUGUAUCUGUGGCUCCAUCAUACAAAUCGACAUGCCAUUUGCGCCUUAAAAUCUCAUACUGUCCCAUCCAGAGGCCUUUGUGUGGCAAAGCUUGCGUGUGUCGUCUGGGUGUCGCUUACAGCAGUGUCCUCGAUUCUGGUUGUAUCAUCUGUCCUUCUCUCAUUUGA